GUUUGGGCCGUGGCAGCUGCGGAAGAGCGUCGGUAGCGAUGUCCGGCCGCGGGAAGCAGGGCGGGAAGGCGCGGGCCAAGGCCAAGUCGCGCUCGUCACGGGCCGGGCUGCAGUUCCCCGUGGGCCGUGUGCACCGGCUGCUGCGCAAGGGCAACUACGCGGAGCGGGUGGGCGCCGGCGCCCCGGUGUACCUGGCUGCCGUGCUGGAGUACCUGACGGCCGAGAUCCUGGAGCUGGCGGGCAACGCGGCCCGCGACAACAAGAAGACGCGCAUCAUCCCCCGCCACCUGCAGCUGGCCAUCCGCAACGACGAGGAGCUCAACAAGCUGCUGGGCAAGGUGACGAUCGCGCAGGGCGGCGUGCUGCCCAACAUCCAGGCCGUGCUGCUGCCCAAGAAGACCGACAGCCACAAGGCAAAGAGCAAGUGAAGCUAACCCAAGUAGCGUUCCCACCUCAAAAGUAAUCCAAAGGCUCUUUUUAGAGCCACCCACCUUCUCAUAAAAGAGCUGUAGAUCCUAAGAACCCCCCUCCCCCCCCGCCAAAAAUCCACUGAAGAAACUAACUCUAAACCCUUUCUGUUAUUUUUAUUCUUGAAAGUGAAAUAAUUAAAGCCCUCUGCAUUAUAAAGUAGCACAUUAAUUCUGGUAAAUGGAUGCUUUAAAUAAUGAGGUUUAUCCCACAUGGAAGGGUUCUAUGCGGGUAGGUAUGAGGAGGACAAAGGUGAUGGUUUGUGAGAAGGAAUAUGGCCCAGCAGCCUUUCCUGGAUUGGCUUAGCCCUCUGGGAAGUUGAAGCAUCUCACUGAUGUCUUAAACAUAGCCCUGCCCACCUCUGAACAACCUUUUGACUUACACACUGCUUCUGUGUUGUGUUUAUGUGUCUGUUUUUUUUUUCUCCUAACAAUAGGCAUUUAAGUUAUUAAUUUUUCUUGUGUUUUUCUCCUGGCUCUGGCUGAGCUGCUGUGCCCGUUUUCUGGCUGAAAUCAGAACAGGCUUGGGAAUAACCAGUAAUGACUGGGCAGGCAAGGGGAGGUGAAAAAGGACUGCUACUAGUUUCAGUUGUACCUUAUAUCUAGUGCUGAACAUGACCAUGAAACCAUAUUGCAAUAAUACCAGAAAAAUCUGUGGUUAUGGGUCAAUAAAUACAUUUUAAUAACCACUCGUUGGAAAACACAAAUUACCUGGAUUGUAACACACAAUAUUUUAGCACCACUGACAGUAGCAAGAGGUAAUGAGCAUUUUAAAGGCCUCUGGCAAAACCAAGGGUUUCAGGCAACCAUGAAAAUAUCAGAGAAAACUUGUUUUAAUUCCGUGCCCUAAAAAAAAUAAAGCAUGAUUGGGUUUAAUUUGUUUAAGCAUGGUCUUUGUAAAAGGUGGAUGAAAGCUUUUCCCCUCUUGUCACCAG